AUGAUUCCUAUUGAAGCACAAAUGUUGAAAUGUUUGUAUUCGUGUGUUCCCAUGAUGCAGCAGCAGGGCGGUGGUGGCAGCGGUGGUGGUGGCGGCGGUGGCGGUGGUGGUGCUGGUGGUUCUGGUGGGGAUCAUGGAGGGAAGAAGAAGAGGCGGGGGCGAAGGAGGGGAGAGGGACAGGCAACGGCAGAGUGCGCUACAGAUGCAGGGGCAGAGGGUGGUGCAGCAGAGGGCGUGGCAGGGGCAGAGGGUGGUGCAGAGGGCGUGGCAGGGGCAAAGGGUGGUGCAGAGGGCGUGGCAGGGGUGGGUACAGCGAUAGCAGUGGAAGGUGGUGCGGAUGCAGCAAGGCAGGUUGCUGCAGAUGCAGUGAGAAGGGCUCUCACAGGGGCAGCGGUGGAGAGUGCUGCAGGAAUGGCAGUGGUGGGGAGCGAUGCAGAGGCAGUGGAGGGUGGUGCAGAGGCAGUGGAGUGUGGCAUGGGGGGAACAUCAUGGGUUGCUGUCGUUGCAGAAGUAGAGGAGAUAGAGGACGAGCAGAUUCGGGGAGAGCAGAUACUGGAUGGGCAGACAGCAGGAUAUCAGGUGAUGGAAGGGCAGGCAGAGGGGGUUUCAUUCGUGGUGGUGGAGGAGGGUGCAUGGCAGGCGAAGGAAAGGCAGGCGGAUGAAGGGCAUGCAAAUGGAGAGCAAACACUGGAAGGGCAGGCAGAGGGGGAUUUAUUUGUAGUGGCGGAGGAGGGAGCAUGGCAGGCGGUGUGGGAGCCGCUCUCCCACGGUGUGUACUUCUGCAAUGCUGCUGCCGCCAUCACCCAGUGGCACCCGCCCGAUCAUGGCGAGGGGAGUGGGCUUGCGUGCUGGGUGGGAUGGACGCCUGCCCAGGCUGUAGCAGAGGAGGCUGUAUCUGCAGAGGGAGCUCCCACACAGGCAGAAGUGGAGCAGGUCUUGCUUGAGCCGGCUGUAGCUGAAGCAGAGGCUGUAGCAGACCGGAGUGUAGAAGAGGAGGCUGCCAUCGCCGCCCACCACGCUGCCAUGUGCGCUGCUGUCAUGGAUUGUGAUGAUGCCACGUGUGCAGGGGGUGAUGCUGCCACGUCAGCAGGAGGCGGUGGUGCUGGCGCGUCGGCAGGCGCCAAUUGUGCAGAAGAUCGUGCUGCCACGUAUGCUCCUGCCACGUGUGGUGACCACACUGCACCUCUAAGUUCAGAGGAAGAGGUUCUAGAGCAGAGAGGGGUCCGAGUAAAAGCGGGGGAGGAGGAGGUUGAGGAUGGACGGGUGGGAGAGGUAAACAGCGAAUGUGAGGGGAUGGGCAGACAGGGAGGAGAAGAGGAACUGAGAGGUGGCUCCCUCGACGAAGGGAGGUGUGAGUGCGUAGCAGGCACGAGGGGUGCAGCAGACGUGGGGGGUGCAAAAGACCUGGUGGGUGGGGCAGGCGUGGUGGUGGAUGCCUUCUGUGGGGUGGGUGGCAACACCAUCCACCUGGCCAAGCUGUGA